UUAAUAGUAUCUUUGUUUACAAAUGGGUUUUAUUGGAAAAGAUAAUAUGAUUCGAUACAAAAGGUUUGGUUAAUUUGUCCAUUUCUUUAAUGUUUAUCUCGUUCUUGUUUUUGUUUUGAUUUGUGUCACUUGAUGGGUACUUUUUUAGGUGUGGAUUCUAUUGAUUGAUGUCUCUCUUUUUGUUCAAUUAACUAGUUGAAACUCCAAUCAGGGGUCUAACUUGGUGUUAGUAAUUAUGAAAGAUAAUUAAUGAGAAAUCUAUUACCUCAUAAUCCAAGACGAUGUCAGAUUUUGAAUAAUUCACUCUCACACUAUCAUGAUCAUCAUCAUUUAAGAUCAUCAUCAAGAUUGGGUAAACUGAUUGCCCAGUGGAGGUCAUUUUGUAAUAAGCCACCAAAAAGAUUUGAGAAAUUUUUUGGUAAAUCAAAUAAGAAAACACCAACUGAGAAUCAAACCAAGGAAGCUGCUGGAGAAUCGAGUUCAGCUAAACGUAGUAGUGAGAGAAAAGAAUCUGUUUUUGAACCUUCAUCACGAGCAAAGUCUUCAUCUUCCUCAUCAUCCUCAUCUUCUCAAAAUAAAUAUACCUGGAAAUGGGAUUUUAGUUUCGGCGGUGGUAAAGGAUCAUCAGGAUCGAAUAAGACUUUACCUUAUAUCGCCUAUGGAGCUUCAGCUCUUUUGGGUUUAUUGGUUCUCAAUGAGUUGAGAUACAAAGAGAUCUCAUGGAAAGAUUUUGUCAACAAUCAUUUGGCUCGAGGAACCGUUGAAAAGUUAGAGGUAGUCAACAAGAAAUGGGUUCGAGUUAAAUUUUAUUCCGAUGCCUCUCAAGCAGAUACAACUUCCGUCCUUUGGUUUAGUAUCGGAAGUGUCGAUGCCUUUGAACGUAACCUGGAAAAUAUCCAAGCCGAAAUGAAUAUUGAACCUUCAAAUUAUGUUCCUGUUGUUUAUAGAAAUGAAAUGGAAGUUCGAGAUUUUCUCAGUUUCCUUCCUACUAUGAUAAUCAUAGUAUGUUCUACUUUUCUCUAA